AUGAAGGUGAAGGUAAUCAACAGGAGCGAGGAGGCGUGCACCCGCACCCGGUCGCAGGAUGUCCUCAAGGUGCACCGCAACCUCGACCCGGCCCUGCACCCCUUUGAGAAGGCCAAGGAGUACACGAGGGCCCUGAAUGCCGCCAAGCUGGACCGGCUGUUUGCGCGCCCCUUCCUGGCGGCCUUCCCCCACACCGACGGCAUCACCUGCCUCGCCCGCUCCCCCGCCCGCCUCAACUGCCUGCUGUCCGGCACCGCCGACGGCGAGGUCCGGCUCUGGGACGUGGCCGCGCGGCGCUGCCUGCGCCGCCUGGUGGGCCACGCCGGCGCCGUCACCGGCGUGGCGGUGGCCCCCUCCGGCGACGUCGCCGUGUCCGCCGGCGCCGACGGCACCGCCCGCCUCUGGCGCGUGCCCUUCGCGCCCUUCGCCGGCGGGCCCGUGGAGCGCGACGCCUCGCCGGUGCUGCAGUGGACCGCGCGCGGCGGCCUGCGCGGCGUGGACCACCACUGGGCGCGCUCCCAGUUCGCCACCGCGGGCGUCGGUGUCUGUGUGUGGGACCACGCGCGCUCUGACCCGGUGCACGCCUUUGAGUGGGGCGCCGACACGGUGGCCUCGGUGCGCUUCAACCCCGCGGAGCCCGACCUGCUGGCCUCCGUCGGCGGCGACCGCUCCGUCGCGCUGUACGACCUGCGCUCCGCCACCCCCCUGCGCAAGCUGGUCAUGCAGACCAAGUCCAACGCGCUGGCCUGGAACCCCAUGGAGGCCUUCCACUUCACGCUGGCCUCCGACGACUGCAACCUGUACACCUAUGACAUGCGGCGCCUGGAUGUCGCGCGCUGCGUGCACCAGGACUUUGUGUCCGCGGUGAUGGACGUGGACUACUCGCCCACGGGCCGCGAGUUCGUGGCCGGCGGCUACGACCGCUCCCUCCGCAUCUUCGCCAAGCACGGCGGGCACUCGCGCGAGGUGUACACCACCAAGCGCCAGCAGCGCGUGUUUGCGGUGCGCUUCUCGGGGGACGGCACCUACGUCUUCUCGGGGUCGGACGACAUGAACGUGCGCGUGUGGAAGGCGCAGGCCUCCCAGCAGCUGGGCGUGACGCUGCCGCGAGAGCGCCAGAAGGCGGCCUACGGCGCCGCGCUCAUCGAGCGACACAAGCACCUGCCGGAGGUGCGGAGGGUGGUCGGCAACCGACGCACCCCCACGGCCAUCUACAAGGCCACCAAGACGCGGCGGGCGGUCAUGGAUGCAGAGCGAAGGAAGCUCAAGAACCGCAUCGCGCACAGCAAGCCGGGGAGCGUGGUGGUCAAGCCCGCGCGGCGGCGGAAGAUCGUGGAGGAGCUGGAGUGA